AGUUGAGUAUGAGUUUGCUUUUCGACUGCCUACCGAACUGUGGUGCUUGUGGCUUCGCUGUUGAGCUGUGUGCUACGAAAGAGAGAGUGCGUUCGCGAGGUAGAAAAACGUUUCAUGUUAUUUUGACCCUGUGCAAAGCGCGGAUUCGGAAUAUUACAAGCUAUAUAUUGGACUAAUCAGAAUAAUAUCCUGUCGAAAGCACCUGAUACGAGAUGUCGGAAUCGAAUACUACGGAAACAGCAGCCGUACCGACGGAAGUGGAGGUGAAAACGCCGACCAAGCGUACACCAUCGAAGCGUAAGGACGCAUUCCAGAAAGAAAGUGAAGAACUUCUGAAGAACAUGGGCAUGGAUCCUUCGGAGGAAGGAGGCCGCCGUCGUACCCGGGCAAGUACACGUGGUGUUAAUUCGACACCAACCGCACCGGCUACCCCACCGGCAAAGAAAUCUCGCACGGCGGCUACCCCGAAACGUGGCCGAGGGAAAAAGGAUGACGAUGACGAGGAGAAGUCCCCAGAUGCUGAGGCCAAAACUCCCAAGAAACGGGGAAGACCAAUGAAAGAAAAAGAGGACGCUGAAGACAAGGAAGAUGAGCACGAACAAGAGACAAAUAAAGAUGAAGAUUCGAAGGAUGCAACGGUCGAUGCCAAAAAAGAUGAAGAGGCAAAGCUCGAGGUUGGCGAGAAAUCUGAUGAAACGGACAAGAAAGAGCAGGAUAAGGUUGACGCUGUUGUAAAUAGCACAGAGAAACAGAAAGAGGAAAAACCAGAGAAAUCGGUUCCGGAAAAGAUGGAUGUGGAUGUUGAAGACGUGGUCAAAGAAAAGGAGAAUAAGAACGAGAGUUCAGUGGAAGAAAAGAAAGAUCCAAAACCGGAAGAACCGACGACAACGACGACGCCGGUGAAAGAAUCUACUCCUGCUGCAUCCGUGGCCGUUGACGUAACUGAACCCGUUAAAGAAAAAGCAGUCGAAGAGCCCAGUAAGCCCGCUGAAACUCCUGCUGUUGUAACACCUGCCGAAGAAGCGAAGGAAACCUCAGCUCCGGCACCCGCUGAGUCUGCACCGGUUCAGGUGGAAGGUAACGGCAGUUCGACGCACGAACCAGAAGAAUCGGAAGUGGAAGCGGUUGAGCAGGUAGCAAUAGUAAAGGAAUCGGUCAAGGCUAAUGAUGUCUGUAGCACAGAAUCCACGAAUAAGACGAACGAUGUUGCCGCUGUUGAGAACAACGUGGACGAGACGAAACUGGAGACUAAUGCAGAACCCAAAAUCAUACCAGCAGAACCGACAUCCGUUGAACCGACGGCAGCACAGUAGACGAAUACGGAAGGUACCUUUUUGCAAGCCUAAACAGAUACUACGUUAUCAUCAUUUCCUUUACAAGUUCUUUUGUUUUGGAAUGCUAACAUACAAAAAACAACUACAUUCAAUCGUACGGUCCCAUAGAAUCGCACGACGGGACAUCAGCAGUGAGAAAGAGAGAGAGGGAGACGACUACCACAAAAUAGAAUGACAACCAACUUGCAUUUCUUACAUUCACUAUUAACAAUUGAUUAUUUUUUUUAAAUUUAUCCUCUGACAAAAUUUUCUUGCACGAAUGUUUUCGCAGAUACUUGCUGGAAGUCAAGUAACUCGAUUCUCAAACUUUUUCUUCUUGUUUUUGCUUGAAGUAAGCAUCCCAUUCUCCCACUGAGAAAAAUUUUGACGUAGCAAAGGCCGGAAGGUUCUACAUUUAACUCUGUUUUAAAAAUUUGGACUUGAUAGCAACACCCUCAUACCAUUUGUAGAUUCAAAAUAAAGCAAAAAUAAAAUAACGGAAGAAAGAUGUAAAAUAUACACUAAUUAAUUACAGAUUUAAUCAUUGAUAAGAAUCAGAUCGCUAGAAUUAGGGAAAAUAUAGAUGUUUUCAUCUUUUUGUUUGAUCAGAGAACGGACCUGAAACAGAAUUUAGCACACAACUAAUACUGUAAACAGAACCUAUUGUAGCAAUUGAGACAUUUACACAAAGCUAAACAAAACAAAAAUCAUGUAUGAUAGCAAAUAAGCGCAAAACUUAAGGACUCUAACGCGAGCAACAUUUAAAUGUAUAACUUAUGAUUUGCUGCUAGUUUCCUACUGUGUCUAUCCUUUCGCUUUUCUUUCGUUUUUAUUUUUUCAUAUCCACAAUAGUUAGUACAGUUGCACCGAGAGUAGUAAGUUUUUCCCAUUGAUACCUGAACUUGCCGAGAGCAGCGGCAUGCUGCUGCAGGAUUGUUACAAGCCAAACAGGUAUUUGCUGCUACCCAGGCAAGCCUUUACUAUAAAACAAAAGCAGGGAAAGGACCAUUUUGGCUAUUGUAAAGUUGGACUCAAUCAACACCUAGCGAGUACCUACUUGUCUGUAUUUGAUUUCUACCGGCGAAAAUAACUUUUCUAAAGGAAUUUCAGUUUAAUUUUUGCCAUCUUAGAGAUAUGAUUUAUACUUUAAAGCAAAGAAAGAUAUAUUGGUGGAAACCGAUAAAUAUAUGGAAAAUCUUUACACAAAAUGAUCACCGAGUUUACAUUACUUUCGACUACUACAGACAGGAACCUGAUAACAAACACGUAACAUAUACGCGCGUGUUGUACGCGACAGAUCACUACACAAAAUAGGGAAAACAGAAAAAAAAAAAAACAAAAAAGAAACAAAAAAACUGGUCUCUUUUUAACUAAUGUAUAGGUUAUUUUAUUAUUGUGUCGUGAAUGAGACAGAAAGAGAUGAUAAAUACAGAAAUAUGGAAAAACAAAACAAAAAUA